AUGGAUUCUCCUGUUCUACAGUCCGCUUACGACCCAUCAGGUCAAUAUUUGUGUUAUGUCACUGUAGCUUUAGACAAGCAACGUGUUGGUGUACAGCCCACCCAGAGGGCCACUUCCUCCGGAGUCGAUACAGUAUGGAAUGAGAACUUUCUGUAUUUGGAGGACUCAAAAUUGCAGGUUACAUGCUUAAAAUGGGUAACCCUAGCUUCUUCCGAUACAGUGACCAUUAUAUUAGGUAUGAAUAACGGUGAAAUCUGGCUAUAUUCCGUGUUGGCUAACGAAGUCACGUAUAAAUUCACUACAGGAAAUUCUUACGAAAUCAAAGACAUAGAUUUGAUUGGUAACCAACUGUGGUGUAUCGACUCCAGCGACGCGUUCUAUCAAUUUGAUCUUUUACAAUUUAAACUGUUACAACAUUUUAAAAUAAACAACUGCGUUCAAUUGAAUAAAUUAGCCAUUGUUCCCGCGGGAAAUUCUGCCACACAACUUUUGGUUGCAUCCCAUUCCAUUUCUUUAAUCGAUAUCGAAGAGAAAAAAGUCGUAAUGACAUUUCCAGGUCAUGUAUCUCCAGUGUCGACGUUGCAAAUUAUAACUAACGAUUUUUUCAUAUCAGGUGCAGACAGUGAUAGAUUCUUGAACGUAUAUGAUAUUCAUUCCGGCAUGACCAAAUGCGUCCUUGUGGCCGAAUCAGAUAUCAAAGAGUUGUCCCAUUCAGGUCAAGCUGAUUCUAUCGCAGUCACUACUGAGGAUGGUAGCCUGGAAAUUUUUGUUGAUCCAUUGGUAUCGAACUCAACGAAGAAGAGAGGCAACAAGUCAAAAAAAUCUAACAAGAAGAUUCAAAUCGCCAGUAAAGACGGCAGGAAAGUUCCGAUUUAUAACGCGUUUAUUAAUAAAGAACUUUUGAACGUAUCAUGGUUACAAAAUGCUACAAUGCCUUACUUCAAGAACUUGCAGUGGAGAGAAAUUCCCAAUGAAUACACCGUCGAAAUUUCCCUAAAUUGGAGUACUAAAAAUAAGUCCGCUGAUCGUGACUUGCAUGGUAAAGAUCUGGCUUCAGCCACCAACUACGUCGAAGGUAAUGCGAGAGUCACUUCUGGAGAUAACUUCAAGCAUGUUGAUGACGCUAUAAAGAGUUGGGAAAGAGAAUUGACUUCUUUCGAGCAAGAGCAGGCCAAGUCCCCGCAGGCCAAUGAACUACUAACAGAGACUUUCGGCGAUAAGCUAGAAUCAAGCACCAUUGCUAGGCUUAACGGGAAAAAAACUAAUUUGAAAGGUUCUAAUCUCAAGACUGCCACGACAACAGGUACAGUAACAGUAAUUUUGUCGCAAGCAUUACAAUCAAACGACCAUUCACUAUUGGAAACAGUGCUCAAUAAUCGUGACGAGAGAGUCAUCAGAGAUACUAUAUUCCGUUUGAAACCAGCGCUGGCUGUCAUUCUCUUAGAAAGGUUGGCAGAGAGGAUUGCCAGACAAACUCACCGUCAAGGUCCGUUAAACGUAUGGGUGAAAUGGUGCUUGAUCAUACACGGUGGCUAUUUGGUUUCCAUUCCAAAUUUGAUGUCCACUUUAUCGUCGUUGCAUUCCACCCUGAAAAGGCGUUCCGAUUUAUUACCAAGACUACUAGCACUGGAUGCCAGGUUAGACUGUACUAUCAAUAAAUUCAAGUCUUUGAAUUUAGAAACAGGUGACAUGUAUUCAUCAGAACCAGUUGUCGAAGAAGAUGAAGACGACGUCGAAUAUAAUGAAGAGCUCGAUGAUGCCGGUCUUAUAGAGGAUGGCGAAGAAUCUUAUGAAAGUGAAGACGAAGAAGGUGAUAGUGACAGCGAAGAGGAAGAGAAGCAUGCCUCAUCGAAGCAAGAUGGCCGCUCAGAAAGGGAGCAGACCAACCAUGACGAGGAGGAAGCCGGCUAUAGUGAUGUUGAGAUGGAAUAG